UAUGACACAGUUAAAGGACUGUGAAGAAGUGAAAGACAUUUUUUUGUGAAGUGGAAAUAGCAAUGAUAUACCUCAUAAUCCUCGGAACCAUGUCAGGUUUAUGUGAAGGAGCUGGUGUGUUACCAGAUGGUCCUCUGAAUGCACCUGUAGGAGGGACGGUGAUGUUCACCACAACUCUGACUCCAUCAGAUGGACCAUUUACUGUAGUGUUCUGGAAAUUUGGUAUUAAGGAUAUAAUACGCUAUGAUCCAACUGCAAGCAUACCUCAUCCAGACUAUGAGGGAAGGAUCACCUUCUUCCCAUCUACUGCAUCUCUGGAGCUCAGGGAUCUGACACUUGAUGACGGAGGAGAGUAUGCAGUUAACAUUAUACCAGGAUUUCUGCAAGGAGACACCAGACUGGACAUAUAUGAGCCAGUCUCCAGUGCAACAGUAACUCCUCCCAGUUUGGACUUGGUUGAGUUCAACAGUUCUGCUCGUCUGUCCUGCUCCUCCUCUGGAUCAGUAACCUCUUAUGUCUGGAUGAACGGCAGCUCUGAGGUUACAGCCAGUGACAGAGUUCAUCUCACUGAUGGAGGCUCCAAUCUGACUGUAGUAAACGUGAGCCGCUACGACCAGGGAUCAUACAGGUGUCGUGUGUUCAAUCCUGUCAGUGAUGUCAUCAGUGAUCCAGUGAUCAUCUCUGUCAGCUUUGGCCCAGAAAAUGUAAAAAUGACAGUUUCUCCAUCACAAAACCUCUACAAGGAGGGGUCAGACAUCAGCCUGACCUGCUCAGCUGAGUCUAGACCUCCGUCCCUCCAGUUUUUCUGGUUUCUGGAUGGAGAGCAGCUGUCUGAUACUGGACCAGAACUCAGACUGAUGAACAUUCAGACGACUCAGAGUGGAAACUACAGCUGUCAGGCCUUUCACAGCAAAACUAUGAGAUAUGAAACAUCUCAACCUUCAUCAAUCACUGUUCUACAGAAAAUAUCAGGACCUCAUGUGACACCAUCAGACCUGACCAUUGAGGGAAACCCUGUCAACUUAAUCUGUGAUGCUUCUGGAUCUCCCACUGCCAGAAAAUGGAUGAAAGAUGGUUCAGAUCUGAUCCCGAAUGACAACAUUGCACUUUCUGAUAAUAACAGAGUGUUGUCCUUUAACACUGUAAACAGAGAAAACAAUGGAGAUUAUCUCUGUACCAUCAGUAACCCUGUCAGCAGCAGUGAGGCUAAAUACAGGAUGGAUGUCAUGUAUGGGCCAGAAAAUGUUAGGAUCACAGGAAGCAUCCAGCCAUCAGGUUUAUCUGCUGGUGGCAUCGCUGGAAUAGCGAUUGUAUGUUUAAUCAUCACUGCUGCAGCUGCUGGUGGUGGAUACUACUUCUACAGAAGAAAAUCCAACUUAAAUACUGAUGCUCAUCCUAUGAAUAACACAGAAAACAAAGAAAACCUUUAUGAGGAAAUAUCAGCGGUGUACGAGAAUGUAAAGGCUCAUUGACCCGAUCAUGUAUAUGGUAUGUUUGAUGUUUCAUCCUGCUGUCAUAAGUUUCGUUGUUGUAAAACCACUGUGUGGAAACCACUAACAUAAAAUAGUACUUAUAGAUUAUUUAUUUAAAAUCAGUUUCUGUCCUAUUGGUAAACAGGAAAUAUAAAUGUGGGUAUUUCUUUUCUCAUGAGGGAGGGAAAAUAAAAAAAUGCACAAAGUAGCAAGUAAUAAGAACUUCUGUAUAAAGCCUCCUAUUGUAAAAGUACAGCAGUGAUUAGUUUCAGAUAUUGAUCAGUUUCUUAACCCUCAUUGAUUCAAUGAGACCAGACCAGAAUUGACUCAUGACUUUCACCUGAGAGUUGGGACUUCCGUAGGUUCAAUUUCAUUUACAACAAAAAAAAAAAAAAACAAGAAAUUAAAAAACAAAUUUACAAUAAAAAAUCUGAAGGAAACUUGAGUGUGCUAAUACUCUUUAGUUAUUAUACAUAAUUCAGCAUGGAUUAUUCUUUCACUUAUUAUAUGAUAUGUUGGACUACAACACUCACACUCAUUUUCAGCUUUAAUUUAUUCUAAUCAUCAGAAUCAACAGAUGGUGUUAGGGACAGAUGAGUGUAUAGAUGUUAUUGCUGGAUCUUAUUUGUGGCUGUUUCAUCAAGCACAUAACAAAUACUACUUCCAGGAAGUAAUCAGUUGUUUUUUUUUUCUUUUCCUUUUGUGUUGUUUCUUUCUUCUUUUGAAAACAAUGAAAGGAUCAUUAUCAUCUGAGGGUCUUUUAGAAAUUAACAACAAUUAAACCGUUGACCAACCAAACAACGGAGACUUCUGCUGAUGGACCAUGGACGGGUUUUCCACGACAUAAGUUCAGAUAAGCUUUGCUAAACUGAGCUAACAACUACUGUUGUGCUAAAAAAAAAUAAGUAACUGAUCUUUAUUCCUAUUACAAUAAAAACAUCAAUAAACAUAUUAAGCUGAAAUAAAUGAGAACUUGGAGCAGUACAAUAAUGAUAUUAUAUAACAUGAUAAUCCAUCCAAUCCAUCAAAGGUGUGUGUAUUUGUGUUUAUAUUCUUCUGUAGACAUAUCUUACCUACGAUACAAAUAAAAUGAUUGUUUUUAAAAUCCUGCCAUCACACAGUCCUCUCUGGCAUUUACAACUCAAGUCAUCUGUCCUCUUUACCAUUGUGAUGAGGAUGAUGUCCUCCUUGGUGUUUUUUGAAAACACUCCCUGUAUUAAUGACAUUUACACACUGGAGUGUUUCAACAUAACGGACCAAAUCAUUGAUUUCUGAUACUUGAGCAUUCAUGGUCAUGUGAAAGGAAAGUCAUGAGAGGAGAUAUAAACACAUACAGUGUAACAUUUGCAGAGUUUCUAAAGGUUUCUGUUACAUCUAUUGUGCAAUAUUCUGUUAAUUGAAUUGAAUUUAAGAAAAUAUUCUGAUUAUCGUCACAAACACAUUUGAUUCUUCAGUAAUAUGAAUUGAUACAGCUGUGAUGCUGUGACAGAAAGAAAAAAUGAUUAAUGUUUCAAAUUUGACAAAUACAAGUGUUCUUGCCUCCAUAUUACUUAUGUGUCCUUGAGUAUGAAUAGUAAUAUUAAAACUGUCCUCUUAAGAUGAGAGAAUUAUUGAUUUAUUCCACAGACUUUGAAAAGUCAGUUCACCAACCAACUUGCACAUUUUAUUGUAUGUGGUAUGUUUCUUUCUUUGU